AUGGCUUUGUUCCCUUCCGAGGCCGAGGCCAAGUCAUGGACGACGAUUUCGCAGGUGACCCGGUUCGUUCGCGUCCCAGAGCCCGUCUUCAACGCUGUGGCGGCGCACUUGGGGCAGUUCCAGGAUCGCAUCCGUCUGCUGUCUAUCAUUCCCCAAGUGAUGUUGCAUUGCGCAAUCUUGGCCACUCAGGUGCCGGUGGAGGGCUCAGCCACAGAAGGAGAACAAACCAUGCGCGGCAUCAACCCGCUCGAGGCAAGCCAGGUGGGCCUAGUCUGGCGCAUCAGCCGGCGCAUCUCUUGGGUGGCCAGCGGCAGUGGGUGGGAAGAUUUCGUUGACGUCGAUCCCUUCGUUGCCCCGCAGGUUUCCUCGGCGCCGGUUGUGUCCUUCCCGGAUGCCCGCGUCCCUGCUGGGUCUGCGACCAAGGGCAGGGUCGUCAAGUUGGCGCUGGUGCUCGACCAGGGUGACGACGGCGAAGUCAAGGUCGCAGAGAACGACCAGUAUGAAAAGGGCGCGCGGGCGGACAAAUUCCGCGCGUGGUUCCCCACGGGCGGCGGCUCCUACACGGCCAAGGAGCUCCCGGGGCCAGAGAACCUUCAGCAGUGGGAGUCCUCGUGGAGAGUGUUCGCGGCAGCGCGCCUCAUGAUCAUGCCUGUGACCCGCCCAGCGCUCGAGUUGUGCGCGGAGAAGAUCCGCCAGCUCGUGCAGCUCUGGCCAGAGUGUUGGCAUUUGAUCGUCAUGGCAGACGACCAGAUGCGCGCCGAACACCUGCACCGUGUUUGGCGCAAGUACGAAACCGAACUCCAGGCCUUCUCGGACUCCCGCGUGCGGCGCCGCGCUGCUGCGUGGGUGUCCCGCGGCGGCCGCGGCGUCCUCCGCGCGACCGAGGAGGAGGCCGCGGUGGCCCACCUGCCGGGCGGCCUCGCGGCCGUGGCGCCACCGACAGAGCAGCCCACCAAGCGUCGCAAGACCAAGGCGGAGAAGAAGGCCGCCCGCAGGGGGCAGCCCCAGCAGCAGCCGUCGGGAAACGGUGGCCCCCCGCCGGCGGCGCCCCGCGCCUCGGCGGGGGGGCCGCGCACAACCGAGAUCCAGAUCUGCAAGAACUGGAACCACGGCAACCCCAAGAACGAGUGCGGCAAGCUGGGGGCCCCCUCCACUUGCCCGCAGGGCCGGGUGCGCAAGUGCAGCACGUGCGGGGGCCCCUCGCACAAGGCCCCCAGCGGCGUCCCCAUCCGCGUGGGCCUUUGGGGCAGCGCCCUGGUCCGGCAGCUGCCCGGCCACGCCGGCGCUCCAGCCGGGCACCCAGCUGCCCCUCCGCGUCUCGCAGAGCUCGCGCGCCCAGCGCCGGCCGCCGCGGCCCCCGCCUCGCAGCGAGCCCGCCGCGAGCUCGAAAACGCAUUGUGCGUCGGCGGCCUGCGCUGCGCUGCUGCCGCGGUGGCCCGGUUGCCGCGCCUGUGCGCGCUGGGCAAGGAAGUGGCUGCUCUCUACGAUCGAUGGAUCUCGGAGCGGCCAGGCGCCUUCGCCGUUGUCCAGCAUUUCGGCGACAGGACAUACGCUGGCCCAGAGCGCGAGCUCGUCGAAAAGUGGCUGCGGCUGCGGGGGCACCUCGGCGCCCGCGCGGAGGCGCCGGCGGAACCCGAGUGGGGGAUGCCGUCUCCGCUGCAGGCCGAGCUCCUGCACUCGCGGUUGCAAGCAGGCGGCGACCCGGAGACUUGCCUGCGCGACUGGUGCCGGACAGGCGCGCCGCUUGGCGUGGAUGCGCCCAUUCCCUUUUGCGGCAUCUUCCCGGUCCUGCCGCAGUCAGACAUCGAGCGCCACGACGGUGGCUUGGACAUGGGCUUGGCGCAAGGCGUGUUCAACUAUCAGUCAAUGGCCGACGACCCAGAGGCUGCUGCUUCCGAAGUGCACCGCUACUUCGCCAAUGAUUUCGCAGUCUCAAUCACGGAGUCCACGGCCUUGCAGAGGUUCCCGGGUGGAUCGGUCUCCAAGAUGGCGCUGCUGACCAGGGUCAAGCCAGGCGCGACAGUCAAGCGGCGCAUCAUUGUUGAUUUGAAACGGAGCAAGCCCGUUCCUGUCAACAGCCGUGCCCGGGUGCCAGAGCGGCCAGUGCUCCCGCGAAUCUGCGACGUCAUCCAGGAUGCCCGGGCUCUCGCUUGCGGCGCGGCGCCGUCCAUGCACGGCGACGAGAGCUGCGACAUGGAGUUCGCGAUCGCAGACUUCUCCGACGCGUGCGUGCACCUGCGGACUCACCCGGAUGAGCUACGCCACUGCCUGUCGCCAGACGUGGUGCCCGGCUGUACCUGGGCGCUGGGCGACCCUAUCUGGACGCUCUGGGGCACGCGCGCGCAGCGCGACCGGCAGCUCGGUCUCGCGCUGUGGGUCCUCAUCGGCCUCGGUGUCCGUGUCGCGUGGCACAGGGCCGUCCGCGGGCCCGCAGUUGCGUGGAUCGGCGCGACAAUCGCUGCCGAUGUUGCGCCCCGCGAGAUGACCGUCGCUAUCCCCGCCAGCACGAUUGAAGAGCCGCUGGCGCUGCUCGGCCGGCUGGGCAACGGCGCCAUGAUAAGCCUCAGGGUGCUCAAGCAAUGCACUGGGGAACAUUCCUGGGUCGCCGGGCUGCUGCCGCGCAUUCGCUGGGCCGUUGCCAUCCUGUGCGCGGUCGCUGCGUUGGCAGAGAGGGAUUUCCGCUCGGGCGCGGAGGGCCGCAGGCGGCAGCAGAGGGGGGGCCCGCGCCCGAAGUGCGGCAUGGUCGCGGCCAAGCGUGUUGCAUUGCCCGUGCGGUGGCUCACGGCCCUGUGGCGAGGCAUGGAGGGGCCUGUGACCAGGCGAAUCGCGUGGGACAGCAACCCGCCAGCUACAGUCAUCAUCGUCGACGCUUCCCCGUGGGGCCUCGGGUUGAUAUCGGCCCACGCAGCCACUGGCAGGGUCGUGGAGUAUGCCUUCGGCGACGUGCUCGACGACAUCUCGCUGCUCCUCAUCCGGCGGGGGUGCUCCAGCGCCCAGCAGGCCUUGGAAGCGUUGGCGCUUCUGGUGGCGCUGAAACUGUGGGGCCGCUUGCUGCGCGCAUCGUCGGCUACAGUUGACAUGCGGGGGGGCAAUUCCGCGGCCCUUGCCCUGGCGCGGAUAUUGUCCAGUUCUUCGCCAGUCAUGAACUUCGUCGGGGCCGAGCUGGCGCUGGAGCUGGAGUCCCUGGACAUCCGCGACUUGUGCCUGACGCGCAUCCCAGGCGACUGGAAUCGCACGGCCGAUUGGCUGUCGCGGAUGUCGGCCCCGGGGCGCCUGCCCGAUGCGCCCGCAGCGCUGGCUGGCGCCGAGUGCCG